AUGGCUCGUCCGAUGGAAAAGAUUAUUGACAUCAACGACACAAAAGAGCUGUGGAAAGUGGCGGUCAGAGUGUCCCAUAAAUGGAAGGUACUGUCCAAUAAUAAGGAGCACUUCGAGAUGAUAUUUGAAGACAAAGAGGGUUGUGAUAUUCACGUCAUUGUUCCAACUGCAUGCAUGGCCGCAUACCAUGACAAAUUUGAGGUGGGCCAUACCUAUACCGUGUCAAAUUUUGCGGUUCACCCAAAUAACUUAGUUUUCAAACCAUGCUCCCACAAGUUCUUGGUUAAAUUCACGGGAGGCACUGCUGUUGGUGAUGUUGACAAACAUGAGAUACCCCCAAAACCCCGAACUUUCACCAGUUUCUCUGACAUCAUAACCGGAAACUUUCAAAAGAACGUGCUCAUUGACGUUAUUGGUAUGCUCGAGAGUAUUGGGUAUCAACAAAUGCAGAGUGGGGGGAAAAAACUUCAGGUUAAUUUUCUGCUCAGAGAUUCGAGCAACAACACCAUAAAUUGCACCCUUUGGGAGGACUAUGCCAACGAUUUUUUUAAGUUUAACGAGAAAAACACUGCAACAACUGACCCGACCGUUGUUUUGCUUCAGUAUGCAAAAGUUAAGGAGGCUGGCCAUUACCCACUCUCUGUUACCAACACAUUCCAUGUUACCAAGCUCCUUAUCAAUCCAGAUUUGCCUUGUGUCAAGGACUUCCUCAACAGUUUCCCAAAGGAAUCACUGCGUAUUGUUUCCACACAGCAGACCUCUCAGUCUCAACAAUACUCCCGCAGUUCCACAAAUGACAGUGUUGGUCAUAGUCUUGCACAUAAGUUGCUGCACGGGGCUGUUUCUAAUACUUUCUGUGCUACGUAUGCAAAAACGAGAAAACUAAUUGCGUCUUCCUACGGAUGGUACUACCAGUGCUGCCAUGAAUGCACUAAAUCUGUUCGCGGUGACAAACCUCCCUACAAAUGUGAUAAUGGACAUUCUACUGAGGCUGAAAUCUAUAAGUAUAAGAUUGAAGUUGAAGGUUUCCAUGGGGAAACUUCUUGCAAAUUUAUUUUCUGGGAUCGAGAAUGUACUGAAAUCUUAGAGUUGUCAGCUGCUCAGAUGCGGGAAACAAUGAUAAAGGCUGGUAUCACAGAUCCAUUGGAAUUCCCGUUAGCUCUCGAUAAAAUGUUGGGCCUGGAUCUUGCUUUAAGGGUUAAAUGGCAGCCUAGCUGGGACAGCGCCUCAGUUGUCAUGUUCAUAAAAGAUAGCGACUUCGUUAAACAAUUCAAGGCGCCUUGGACGGACAGUCAGGUUGUGAGUUCUGAACCAUCCGCAACACCCCUUCCACUGCAGAUUAAAGAGAGCGUGGAUGAGGCUAAAACUGAUGCUGCUGAUGAUUGUGACGUUGUUACGGACCUAGAGAUAACAUCCAAGCACAACCCGGAGCCUUUAACACCCACCGCAAAAAGGCAGAAUCAUGAUGCCUCCAGUGAAUCAACAUCUGUACGUGAUGGUGAACUGUCUUCAACCAAACUGAAGAAGAUCAUCAAGUUGGAGAACAACAAAUAG